UACCUGGCAGCACUGCAUCAUAAAUAUAAUGUUGCACAACAGAUACUUGAAGCAGCUCCUCUGCUGGAAUCUUUUGGAAAUGCCAAAACUGUGCGGAACGAUAAUUCCAGUCGCUUUGGGAAAUACAUAGAGGUCUUUCUGGAGGAUGGUGUAAUCAGUGGUGCCAUAACCUCUCAGUAUCUGUUGGAAAAGUCCCGUAUUGUCUUCCAGGCCAAAGAUGAGAGGAACUAUCACAUCUUCUACGAGAUGCUGGCAGGUCUGCCCUCACAGCAGAAGCAAGCGUUCUACCUACAGGAGGCUGAGACCUACUAUUACCUCAACCAGGGAGGAGACUGUGGAAUAAAUGCUGCCAUGGAGAUCCUUCACUUUGCUCCUGAAGACCAACUCUCAAUUUUUAGAGUUCUUUCCUCUGUGUUGCACCUGGGCAAUGUCUACUUUCAGAAACACGAGGCUGACGGCCAGGAGGUGGCGUCCGUGGUGAGUGCACAGGAGAUCAGAGUGGUGGCAGAGUUGCUGCAAAUUUCUCCUGACGGAUUGCAAAAAGCCAUCACCUAUAAAGUCACUGAGACGAUGAGGGACAAGAUUUACACUCCACUGACUGUGGAAAGUGCCGUAGAUGCCAGAGAUGCUGUUGCCAAGAUCCUGUACUCGCUGCUGUUCCACUGGUUAACAGAGCGGAUCAACGCUCAGGUGUAUCCUCGCCAACACUCCCUCUCCAUCUCCAUCCUGGACAUUUAUGGAUUUGAGGAUCUGACCUUCAACAGCUUCGAGCAGCUUUGCAUCAAUUAUGCAAACGAGUACAUGCAGUUCUUCUUCAACAGGGUGGUUUUCAGGGAGGAGCAGGAGGAGUACAGCAGGGAGCAGAUCCCGUGGCAGGACAUCCCAUUCAAUGACAACCAGCCCUGCAUCGACCUCAUUGCCACAAAGCCUCAUGGGAUACUGAGGAUUCUGGAUGAUCAGAGCUGUUUCCCACAGGCAACAGAUCACACCUUCCUCCAAAAGUGUCACUAUCACCAUGGCAACAACCCACUGUAUCAGAAACCAAAGAUGCCACUUCCAGAGUUUACCAUCAAGCACUUUGCCGGCCGGGUCACCUACCAGGUUCAUAAGUUCCUGGAUAAGAACUACGACCAGGUUCGUCAGGACAUCCUUGAUCUGUUCAUCCAGAGCAAAAACAAGAUGGUGUCAAACCUGUUCUUGGCUCACGGAGAGGUCACGGGGCAGCAGAAAGGGGGUCACCAGAGGAAAAGCAGCACAGUGACCAGGAGGUACCAGGCACCGACUGUCAGCAACAAGUUCCAACAGUCCCUGCUGGAACUGUUGGAGAAGAUGGAAAGAUGCAAUCCUUUUUUCAUUCGCUGCAUUAAGCCAAACCAUAUGAAGCAACCAGGUAUGUUUGAAGACGAACUGGUGACCAGCCAACUGCGACACUCGGGAAUCCUUGAAACCAUUCGCAUCAGACGAGAGGGAUUUCCUGUCAGGAUGCCGUUCUACGCUUUCCUCUUCAGGUAUAAGUCUCUGGUGGGGAUUCAACAGGUUCCGGCUGCAAACGGAGAUAAUUGCGUGAUCAUGCUGAGUAAACUGUGUCCUCUCAGACCAGGACUGUUCUAUGUCGGAGUCACAAAGAUGUUUCUGAAGGAGGAUGUUUACCAGUUACUGGAGUGUAAACGGGAGCGCUCCCGUGCACUUGCCGCUCUCACCCUGCAGCGUUACACCCGAAUGUUCUUUGUGAGAAAACGCUUUAUGGCCUUUCGCAAGAAGAUCAUCGGCCUGCAGGCACAUUGUCGAGGCUACCUCGUGAGGAAGAGCUUCAUGAAAAUGAGAAAUAGCCUGGUUCGAUUUCGCUCCCUUGUUCACAUGUAUGUGAACCGCAAGCAGUACAUCAAGAGGAAGUUUGAAGCUCGGAGGAAAGCUGAGAAGGAGCUGACUAAGAGGGAGGUGGUCAACGUCACACACCUGGUGAUUCCUGCAGAGCUGGGUUCUUUGUUGAAGACGGCAGGAGUCAGGAGGGAGCUGCACUCAGACUGUUUGGCUCUGCUUCAAGCCCCUCAUAUCCAGGAAGCGGCUCAACUCACUCUGCCUCUGGACAUCAAUAACUAUCCUUUCUACCGCUACGUACAGAUCUACUUCAAGGAACCAAAGUUUGGCAUGUUGACGGCUCCUCUGGAGACACCGCUGACCAGAGUGGAAGAAGACGUCAAAAGGGAGGCUCUCGAGCUUUUCAUCAUGGUGUUAAGGUUCAUGGGCGACCCUCACCUGAACGGGGCUCAAGAAAACAUGUUUGGGAAUUACAUCGUUCAAAGGGGACUGAUGUCUCCGGGGUUACGGGAUGAGAUCCUGUCUCAGAUCGUCAACCAGGUCUGGAGGAAUGUGAACGUAGAGAACGCAGAGAGAGGCUGGCUUCUGCUGUUAGCGUGCGUCUGCAGCUUCGCGCCGUCGCCCAAGAUGGACAAAUAUCUGCUGAAGUUUGUGUCAGACCACGCCCCUGCUGGCUGCCAGGCGCUAUUGCAGCACAGACUCAUCCAGGCCAGUCACAAAACACAGUUGGGCUCGGGGUUCAGCCAGGAGACUGCGAGGACCUACCCUCUCUCUCUGCUGGAGUGGACGGCCAACAGGAAGAAGGCCAACAUGGCGCUGCAUGUGCACUGUUUUGAUGGUCGUUCAUUCCUGUGUCCGGUCCAUUCGUGGACCAGUGGGGAGGAUUUAGCGGUGGACAUCCUCCGCCACAGAGGUUUAUCUGAGUGUUGGAAGGGGAGUUCCAUUCUGAUGAAGGAGCAAGGCCAGUGGGUGGAGCUAGCGGGCCAUGACUAUGUGAUGGACUUGAUUGCAGACCUGGAGCUUCCCACUGACUUCCCAAAGCAGAAGAGCUACUUUGUCAUCAGCACAGACGACCCGGCCCGAGCCAGAGCAAACGCAAGCCUGGCAAUGGUCGGGGGUGGGUUUGACUCAGAUGAGGAGCUCGUUCCAUCAGUUCCUCUGAGCAGCGGCGGUAAACCAGCCUACAGUCUGCCUUCAUCUGAUGGUUACUACAGCCAUGUAGAGUCAGAUACAUACAGUGAGAGUCAGACACAGAGAGGAAUGGACCGAUACCUGGACAGUCUGUUUGACCCAGUACUGGCCGACAGCAGUGUAGACAUGGAAAAGUCUGGGAGUCUGGCUGCCAGGAUGAAGGGAGGAGGAGGCGUAGGUGUCACAGGAGAAGGAGAAACCCGUGCGUCCUCCGGUCGACCUUAUCACCCAGGAAAACUUCCUGGAGGAGCGGAGCAGUCAGUGCUGACUCAGCAGCAGCAGGCCAUCAUCAACCAGCAGGCUAUCAUUCUGGCCCAGCAGAUGACCAUGCAGGCCAUCGCCAUCCAGCAGCAGAUGUUGUCUUCUUUCCCUCCUGCGACUCCAGCUCCACAGUCUCCACCAUCACCGCAUCACAUACAGACACAGCAGCGCUCCUACACACCCAGUCCUACCAGGGAAAGUGACAGUUCUGCAAACAAGUCUGGCUCCAGGAAAAUGAGCCCAACACGCAGCCCUCCUCCGGAGGACGUGGUCCGGGCCAGUGUCAGUAACACUGAGCGUUUGGAUCCCAGCCAUGACAUUAAAGACAUCGUUAAACAGCACCAACCUGCUGGAACCACGACCUCUGCUGGAAGUGCUACGCAAAGAAAGGGAGAAGGAAAAUCCUUUACGAAGAAGCCAGACCCUCAUGAUGAAGCUAUGGAGAUUCUCAAAGACCAGAUGACAAACCCACCACAGCCGUCACAGAGGAAACCUCAACCUUCUCAACGCAAGAAUGACGACGGUUCCAAGUUCACCAAGUCGACCAAGUCUCGUCCAGCAGCACCAAAGAGCGCCAACCUCAGCCCAGCGCCUCCUACAGUUUCCAGAGAGCUGCCAGUAGAAGAGGAGAUUGUUCAGACUCAGCUCCACAGCAGAGCCAGUGAGGAAUAUUACACAUACUCCAACGUUCCCUGGAAGCUCUACAUGAGGAAAGAGGUUUUCUACCCGAGGGAGACCUUCAACAAUUCACUCACUCUGGAACUGAUCUUCAGACAGGUCGUACAUGACACCUUCUCUGAGGCCUGCAUCCGCAUCACUCAAGACGAACGACAGAAAAUGAAAACUCUCUUUGCGGAAAACAGUGUAGAUCAGACUUCAGGAACACAAGAUGAAAACACAAAAAAGAAAGUUGUGUCAAUGGCCAAAGACUCAUGGGAAAUCUACUUCUCACGCCUUUUCCCAGCAUCUGGCAGUGUAGGCACCGGAGUGCAGGUGCUGUCUGUGUCCCAUAAAGGCAUCAAGCUGCUCAAGAUGGUGCGGAGCAGCUCUUCUGCCUCAGAUUACUUCAGAGUGCUGAGGCCUUACAGCUACUCGGACAUCCUGUUUGUGUCAAUCCCCUCGAAAAACAUGCUGGAGUUCAACCUCACCAACGAGAAGCUCAUCCUGUUCUCUGCCAAGGCGCCUCAGGUCAAACACAUGAUCGACUAUUUCCUCACCGAGCUCAAGAAGGACUCUGAGUAUGUGGUGGCAGUGAGGAACUACAUCACCGAAGACAGGACUCUGCUCAGCUUCCACAAAGGAGACAUCAUCCGACUGCAGCAUAUGGACAGACUGGAGGCUGGCAAACAUUAUGGCUGCAUAGUGAGGAAGAAGGUCAUGCUUCUGGAGGAGCUAAAGAGAGACACUCCUGAGUUUGGCUGGCGGUUUGGGGCGGUGUACGGAAAAUCUGGAGUUUUUCCCAGUGAGUAUGUGCAUCCUGUGGCUGCUCCAGACUUCCUGGUUCUUCCUGAUGAGCGUGUGGAGCCUCGACACAGACAGGGAAGAGUGGCUGCGUCUGCUGCUGUGGCUGUGGCCAUGGGUUCAGCGGUGGCUGCUCAUGAACUUGACCUCUCCACAGAGGUGGUUAACGAAGUGUAUGGCGACAGUCUGGGCGUUGAGCUGGAUGAUCUGCCUUUGCACAGUGACCAGUACCACAUGACAGAGUUUGCCAAGAAGUACUUCAGAGACGCACAGAAGAACAGCAGUGACCAGAAAAACAAAAAGGGAAAGGAAGGCAGAGACCCAGCUGACAUGAUCAAAUUCUCUAAGUCUCCACUGCAGGAAUCUCUGAUCGACUUCUCAGACAAAGGAAUGAACAGAGUGGCCACUGACAUCUUCAUAAUCAUAAUGAAGUUCAUGGGAGAUUUUCCACUAAAGGGUCAGACAGAGCAGGACUUGGUCACCACUUUACUGAAGCUAAGUGGAGACCAUGGCCUGAUAAAGGAUGAAGCCUACUGCCAAGUGAUGAAGCAGGUCACUGUGAACACCAGCUCCAAACCAGACAGCUGCCAGAGAGGGUGGAGGCUGCUCUACAUCCUGACGGCUUUUUAUCGCUGCUCUGAUGUCAUGAAGCCAUUUGUGUUGAAGUUUCUGCAGGAUGCCUGUGCCAGCCCUGGAGUUCUGUACCAAGGUGUUGCCAAGGCAUGUGAGCAGAAUCUGAGGAAGACUUUUCAAUAUGGCGGACGUGUACAGUUUCCUAACAGCAUGGAACUCAAAGCUAUGCUGGCAGGGCGGAGCUCCAAAAGACAGCUGUUUCUGCUGCCAGGUGGGAUUGAAAGGCACUUGAAAAUCAAGACUUGCUCAGUAGCUUUAGAUGCCAUUGAGGAGCUAUGUUACGAAAUGAGUCUUCACCGGACGGAGGCCUUGGAUGAAUAUGCCAUCUUUUUGGUCACACACAAAGGUCAGAAUGUUCGUCCCUUGAACAAACGAGAGUACAUCUUGGACGUUGCCACAGAGGCUGAACCUGUGGAUUCAAACUACAGUCUGUGGUUCAGAAGAGUCAUAUGGAGUCUGGCUCUGAAGUUAGACAAUGAACUCUAUGUCACCAUGCACUACAACCAGGUCCUACCAGACUACCUGAAGGCCCUGCUGACCGUGGUUCCUCAGGGUCAGCCCAGUGAACAGCAUCUACAGCAGAUCGCCAGGCUUGCUGCCCUACAGCACCGUGCUAAGGACGCCGUCUACCUGCCCACUUUUCGUGAGGUGCAGGAGUCCAUCCCUCCCCAGUUCUACGGCAAACAAGGUUCACAGCAUUGGCUGGACAUGGUCACUCAGCACAUGCAGCAGGUCCAGCCAUUGAACCCACACCAGGCCCGUGCACAGUUUCUUGGCCUGGUCAGCGCCUUUCCCAUGUUCGGCUCCUCCUUCUUUUACAUUCAGAGUUCGAGCAAUGCUUCCAUCCAUGCUCCGUGUAUACUGGCAGUCAAUCUAAACGGAUUACACUUUCUUAACAAGGACACUCAUGAGAUCAUGGUACGCUUCCCUCUGAAGGAGGUCCAGUCCACUCGGACCCAGAGACCGACUUCAGGCUCUAGUUAUCCGUAUGUAGAGAUCAUGAUCGGAGAUCUGCUCAACCAGCGCAUAACACAGCUACAACUGGAGCAGGGACUGGAGCUGUGCCGAGUCAUUGCCAUGCACAUGGAGAACAUGUUGUCACUAAGAGAGAAGAGGCUGACACUGCCACCAAGUGAAAUUACACUGCUAUAGGACACACACACACACAAACAUACACAAAUCACACUGAAUGCCUUGUAAAUGCACUGCAUCUACCUCUAUUUGAAACAGAGUGUAUUUUGAUACUGACAAGAUGUGAUGAAUGUCAAGAUGAUGCUAAAGACAAGGUCGUGUAAGCGUAUCCUGAAAGCCUGGUACCUAUUUAUAUUACAUUAUUAGGCCAAUAUUGUCUUAAUUCAACCACCUGGUUUAUAAAAUCAAGGGCAUUUUAGUCUUUCAAGUAUAUGUCAUGAUAAAACCCUAUAUUUUUUUAGAGUUUCUAUUACAGCAAAUACAAAUUCAUUAGAACACAAUGGCAGCCUUUUAACAACCCUUCCCAAUUAGAAUUCUAUUUCUGUUGUUUGUUUGUCAGAACUUUUUUAAAUUGAAUUUUGUUUUACACCUAAAUGGGCACAAACAAUUUAACUCAUUUCCUCCUCCAGGAAUAAAGAUAACUAAUUUAUUUAAUUUAGUAAAAUGUAUAGAAUUGUGCCAUGUCACACCAAUGAGUGAAAUACAUGUAUAUGAUGCAAAAAAUGGUGUGCAACCUGGUAAUUUUAGGACAUUAUUAGUUUUAUAUUGUUUUGUUAUGCAAGUAUGGAAAUCCUGUUGAUGGACAUUGUAAGAAUGAAUGAAACAAAUUAUUUUAAAUCUUAUUUUACGCAUGACUUAAUUAUUUUGAUGCCUGUGAUUUGAUGUCAUUUUAUAAAUCAAAUAAUGCUACUGUUCUAUCGCAAACCAUUUAAAAAUGUUUUAAAUU